GUCAGUUUAGCCGGCGGCGCUUAAGGACAGACGGAACAGAGAGUUUCAGUCAGUCCUGGCUGAGCUCUGCGGCGUUACCAUUCACCAUAUGUCACAACCAUGAAAAAUCUACAUUUCAAGGAUUUCUUCUGGAACUCUGACCUGACCUGCACAGGUGGCUAUGAUGCCAUCAUCCAGUAUCUCAAUGAUGGCAAGAGGACAUGCAAGGAGGUGGAGGAUUUCAUGAAAGCAAGGGCCUCAAUUGAGGAGAAGUAUGCCAAAGAGCUCCUUGGUUUGUCCAAGAAGGUGUGUGGACACAAUGAGAUGAACACAUUAAAAAGAUCCCUGGACGUGUUCAAAUUACAGACUGAACAUGUGAGUCUGUCGCACUUACAACUGGCUCAGAGCAUGAGGGAGGAGGCCAAGAAGCUGGAAGAAUUCCGAGAAAAACAAAAAGAAGCCAGGAAAAAGUUAGAACAACAGAUGGAUGCCCUUCACAAACAGAGGUCCUCACAGUUCAAGAAGACAAUGGAUUCAAAGAAGACAUACGACCAGAAGUGCCGAGAUAAAGAAGAAGCCGAUCAGAACGUGAACCGAAACACCAACACCAACAACACCAAGCACAUGGAGAAGCUCUACACGAAAGCACAGCAAGCAAAACAGAAUGCAGACGAAGCAGACAGAUUAUACCAUCAGAAUGUGACCACACUGGGAAAGGUUAGAGAUGAAUGGCUGAAGGAACAUGUCAAAGCCUGUGAGAUGUUUGAAAAACAGUCAAUGGAGCGUAUCAACUUUUUGAGAAACACAGUCUGGACCCACCUAAACCAGCUUUCCCAGCAGUGUGUGAACAAUGAUGAGCUGUAUGAGGAAGUGAGAAAGUCUCUGGAACAGUGUGACGUCCAGGAAGAUAUCGAACACUUUAUAAACCUCAGGCGGACCGGUGAUAAACCACCAGCUCCGGUUUUGUAUGAAAACUUCUACAGUGGUCAGAAGUCUCCAACUGGCACUCCACCCUCUCGGCUCCCUCCAUCCAUCAUCAGGAGGGGGCCACUACCUGAUCCAGCACAAAACAGUACAGAUGAUACAGUCUACUCAACAGUGCAGGACGCGGGCUACAGUGUUAUCCAUUACUAACACGCGGAUCAGCUGGAGAAGUCAUUGUGCAUCCUGUGCAGUGCAGGAGCUUUGUGAUGGACAGGUUUACUUAUGUCUCAUUACUUCCUGCUUUGUGUCUUCCUGUAAAGAUGCAGUCUUACGGACGGAAAAUAAGUGUCAUAAUUGUGUACAUAAAUGGCUGAGAUGAGGUUGUUUGGUAUUUGUAACAUAUUAUAUGUCACUGUGUUAUACAUGGCAGUAUGGCAAACAUUAUUAUUUUAUUUUAAGGAUCUUGUGUGUAUUAUAAAAUCAAAGCAGGCUAAACGGGAGAUUUGUUUCUCAAUAGUUUGAUGAAAUUGACAUGUGCUAUGAUACAGAAGCAGGUGAGGUAAUAACAGACAAACACACAGAACUGUGUCGUCAACCCAAUUUCUGUACAACCUUCAUAAGUACUUUCCACUUUUGAGAUAUAGAGACCAUUUGUUACUAUAAGGCUCUGUCCUCUGGAGGGUUGUGUCUUAAUUCAUCCUCAAAUUUGCAUUUAUUUUUAUGUUUUGUGUGUUUCUAUAAAGAUCCACAAAAUGUGUCAUCCACUUACUUGUUUUCAUUUCCUCUUAUAUGUGAGAGCAGAGUGUCAGUUGACUGAUCUUGUGAGGCUCACGCAUACUCUUAUUCAUUGUAUCUACAGUGCACAGUAUAUGGAUUAUUACAGACCCUGUUUUUUUAAUUUUGCCAGUUAAAGUCCUGUACUUUGCCACUUAAGCUGCAUCCUAACAUUUUGACAGUCUUAUCUGUUGAAUUAUAGUCAUUUCCACUGUAAGACUGUUAGAGGUUCUAUGUUUUGUCUAUGUAUUUUUGGAAACAGGAGGAGGGUUGUUGGAAUUUUUGCACUUUGCUUUUGCUUAAAUGUUAAUAGCACAUGAUUUGUACAAAAUGUUACAAACUGUGUCUGAAUUCGAAACUGCCAGGGUAAAGAGGGAUUAAAAGCAUUUCACUGUGCAGCUGA